UGUCAGGCGGACUUUAUAUUUUUGGAUGUUUCGAGCGUACUGGACGCUGGCGCUCGAUCCGCAAUCGGCGUACGCCGUGCAGGCGGAGCGCUACGUCUUCUACUGGCCGCUCUACAGUACGCAUCUCUUAGCGCCGCGCUACUGCUGCCUCCGCUUUCACCGCGGCUAUAUCUUUGUCGCGGCGCUGCUGCUGCAAUUCGUCGCCGGCUCCAUCUACGCCAUCUCGUCGGUCGCUGGCCCGAUCAACGCCUACUUUCGCUUUCCAGAAAACAGCCCCAACGCGCGAAACGCGAUCGUCCUCACAGGCAUCCUCAGCGUCCUCGCGCAAACGCUUCUCGGACCGCUCGUCGAACGCAAGGGGCCGCGCUUCUCGCUUGCUAUCAGCACUUGCGUCAUGGCCGUUGGACUCUUGACCGGACAGAUUGCGUCCUUGCUGCGCAUAUGGCCACUGCUGCCUAUUGGGACGUGUUUGGGUGGCAUGGCCUUUGCUGCGAUCGUGCUUGCUUCCAUCUCGACCGCGCUCAAGUGGGCACCGGACGCCCGCGGUGCCGUCGCCGGUAUUUGUCUCUUUGGCUUUGGUCUUGGCAAACACGUUUGGGGUCUGCUCUUCGAGUCGCUCCUCGAUGGCACGGACGCGACGUUCCAGUACCUCUUUUGGAUCCUCCUCGCGGUGCUUCUCUCGACGCUCUCGCUGGCGACGCUCAUCAUUCGCCUGCCGCCAAGAGACUUUAGCGUCCGCGGCCACGACAUGCACUGCAUUCCGUGCGCCAAGGCCCCGAGCGCGAGCCUCGUCCAAGAUGAGUUUCUGCAUGUGGGCAUGACGCUCGUCAACUACAAGGCGAUUGCGCGGCACAGCAGCUCGCUCGUCGAGGGCACGGACCGUCGGUACCACGAGCAAGUCAAGGCUCUGUCGCUGCUGCAGUGCAUCUUCUCGACCGACUUUGCGUUUCUCCUCCUCGCGCUCAUCUCCAAUUCGACCGUGGGCUUGUUUUAUAACGAGAUGACCGCGAUCCAAGUCCGCUCGGACUUCCUCAGCGACGUGUACCACAUCUCGGAUGCGGCCGCCGACGCCGUUCGGCUCCGUGGUGUGGCUGCCGACCUCGCGGGCCGGCUCGUGAUGCCGAUCCUCUCGGACAUUUGCAUCCGGCUGCUGUACGGCAACCCGGCGUUCGUUCGGAAAGGCUGCUUCUUGGUGCUGCUACUGGUGCAGUGCGUGGCGCUGCCCAUAGUGUACUUUUCGUCGAAUCAGAUGACGGACUUUGCGUCGGUCGAGCGGCUCUUGUAUCUGCUGGCGUUUGCCUCCAACUCUGGCGCGGCGCUGCUCGUGUGCUUCCUCGCCGACAUGUUUGGCGUCUACCACGUCGGCACCAUGUACGGCCUCUCGUCGCUGCUGUGGGUGGUCGGCCAAGGCAUUUUGCUUGCAUUUGGCGUCGACUCGACGGCGGUGAUUGGCCGUCAAGUGCUGCUGUUCUGGUAUCUCUCGCUCGCCGGCCUUGUCUUGAUGCUGCUCGUGCGCACCAACUCGUCAGAUCGGUUCUACCGCGGGUACCAGUUCACAGUGUGUGGCAAGGUGUUUGUGCGGCGUCCGUGGUCAGCGAUGCGGGAUAUCCAUCACACGAUGGACGUGUACGCAGACGUGCCCGACGCAAACCAUGGCCGCGUCUCGAUGCCAUAUCUCUGGUCGUCGUCAAGCUCGUUGGGUAGCUGGGACGAAGGGUACCCAGCAAAAUAGCUUUGGACGUGAAUACAAGUUCUUCGUACUAUCAAAAUGCACUUGCAAUAUGA